CCCAGGUCCUGAGCCCCUGCUGAGCCCCUGCUGAAAACCGGCAACCCUGGCUACACGGCGUUGCUUUAUGACUUCUGUGGGCCGCAGCCCGCGUUGGAAAGACCCUGGAGGAACCUCAAGCCACGCAAUGGAUGCAGUGUCCUUCGAGGAUGUGGCUGUGAACUUCACUGUGGAAGAGUGGGACAUGCUUGAUCCUUCCCAAAAGAAGCUCUACAGAGAUGUGAUGUGCGAAAACUUUAGGAAUGUGGCUGCUGUAGGAAGGAACUGGGAUGAGCACCAAACUGAAGAUUCAUACAAAAAUUGCAGGGAAAAUCUAAGAAGUGAAGAAAUGAAGAAAUGCUGUAAAUACAAAGUAUAUCAACAUGAAGAAGCAGUUUUUCUGACUCCAGAUAAUGGGAUAAAUGUGAAACCAUUUGGUCCAGAAGCAAGUGAAAGCCUCAUCUUUAGAAAUCUCCUGAUUGGUCAUUCUGCACUCACUGUGCCCAUCCCAGCUACCACUGAAUUAGAAUCAUAUGAGUAUCCGGGAUUUGAAGAGAAACUGUUGAACUGUGACAAGCAUGGAAACAUUUUUACUGACAAGCAGUCCUUUCAAACACAUGCAAAGACAAAUCCAGAAGAGGAACCACAUAAAUAUAAGCAAUGUGGAAAUUUCAGUUGUGGUUGCAGUGAAAGAACUAACACUGAAGAGAAGACUUUUAAAUCUGAGCAAGAUGUAAAAGCCCUUAGUACAGCCAGCUGUGUUCAAAUUUGUGAAAGAAAUCAUAAUACAGUGACUACCUGUAUAGGUACACAAUGUGGAAAUGGUUUUAACUCUCAACAUGAUAUUCAGAUACAUGAAAGAGUUAAUACUGGAGGAAGAUCCUAUAUAUGUAAACAUUGUGGGAAAUCCUUUACUAAUAGCAUUUUAUUUGAUAAUCAUGAAAGAACUCACAACAGGAAGAAACCUUAUAUCUGUAAACACUGUGGGAAAGCUUUCAGUACACACAGUUAUUGCCAAAUACAUGAGAAAGCUCAUACCGGUGAGAAACCCUAUGUCUGUAAGCAAUGUGGGAAAGCUUUUAGCAUGCAUAGCAUUUGCCAAAGACAUGAACAAACUCACACUGAUGAAAGACCAUAUACAUGUAAACAAUGUGGAAAAGCUUUUAGAACAUACACUCAUUGUCAAAUUCAUGAACGAACUCACACUGGUGAAAAACCCUAUGUAUGUGAGGAAUGUGGAAAAUCUUUCAGUGCACAUGGUAGUUGUCAGAUACAUAAAAGAAUUCACACUGGGCAAAAACCAUAUGUGUGUAAGCAAUGUGGGAAAGCUUUCAGGAUACACAAUUGUUUUCGGGCCCAUGAAAGAAUUCACACUGGGGAGAAACCCUAUGUAUGUAAUCAGUGUGGGAAAGCUUUCAGUACACAGAGUCUUUGUCAAAGACAUGCUCGUACUCACACUGGUGAGAAACCCUACGCAUGUAAACAAUGUGGGAAAGCUUUUAGCACACAUGGUAGUUGUCGAGAACAUGAAAGAAGUCACACUGGGGAGAAACCCUAUGUAUGUAAGCAGUGUGGGAAAGCUUUCAGUACACGUGGUAGUUGUCGAGUACAUGAAAGUAUUCAUAAUGGAGAGAGGCCUUAUGUAUGUAAACAAUGUGGGAAAGCAUUCAGCACACGCAGUUGUUGUCGAAAACAUGAAAGGACUCACACUGGGGUGAAACCCUAUGUAUGUAAUCAAUGUGGGAAAGCUUUCAGUACAUACAGUCAUUGUCAACGACAUGAACAAACUCACACUGGGUUAAAACCAUUUAUAUGUAGGUAUUGUGAGAAACCAUUCAGCACACAUGGGAGUUGUCAAAUACAUGAAAGAACUCAUAUUGGACAUAAACCAUAUAUAUGUAAGCAAUGUGGGAAAUCUUUCAGCGCACAUUAUAGUUUUGAAGUACAUAAAAGAAGUCACACUGGGGUGAAACCCUAUGUAUGUAAGCAGUGUGGGAAAGCUUUUAGCACACACAGUUAUUGUCAAAUGCAUGAACGGACGCACACUGGGGAGAAGCCAUAUAUAUGUAAGCAAUGUGGGAAAGCUUUCAGCAUACGAAGUUGUUGUCGAAAACAUGAAAUGACUCACACUGGGGAGAAACCCUAUGUGUGCAAGCAAUGUGGGAAAGCUUUCAGCAGACAGAGUCAUUGUCAAAGGCAUGAACAAAUUCACUCUGGGGUAAAACCCUUUUUAUGUAAGCAGUGUGGGAAGGCAUUCAGCACUCAUGAUAAUUGUCAAGUACAUGAAAGAAUUCACAUUGGGAAAAAACCUUAUAUAUGUGAGCAAUGUGGAAAAGGUUUCAAUGCACAUGGUAGUUAUCAAGUACAUAAAAGAACUCAUACUGGAGAGAAACCCUAUGUGUGUAAGCAGUGUGGCAAAGCUUUCACCAGAAACAGUUACUGUCAAAUACAUGAACGAAUUCACACUGGUGAGAAACCCUAUGCAUGUAAACAGUGUGGGAAAGCAUUCAGCACAAACAGUUGUUGUCGAAAACAUGAAAAAACUCAUGCUGGGGAAAAACCUUAUGUAUGUAAGCAGUGUGGGAAGGCUUUCAGAACACACAUUCUUUGUCAAAGACAUGAACAAAUUCACAAUGGGGAGAAGUCCUAUAUAUGUAAACAAUGUGGGAAAGCUUUCAAUACACACAUUUAUUGUCAAAGACAUGAACGAACUCACUCUGGGUAUAAACCCUACAUGUGCAAGCAAUGUGGGAAACAUUUCAGGACAAAAAGUAGUUGUCAGAAACAUGAAAGGACUCACACUGGAAGAGAAACUAUGUAUAUAAGCAAUGUGGAAAAGUUUUCAAUUACAUGAAAAUAAUGAACAGACAUUAAAAUUUGAAAGCAAAUAAACUAAAAUGUAACCUUCACUGACAUGAAAGAAUAUUCAGUGAAGAUGACUUUCUUGGUAAGUCAUGAAAAUCAGUACACACAGAUGUCAUAUAAAUGAAUGAAUUCAUAUUGAACAGCAUGCAUAUUGGUGAUCAGUAUGGAAAACAAUUUUUCUCAAUGCAUUAAAACAGUGAUUCACAGGAGAAGGAUGACACAUACAUGUAUUAAAAGAAAAACCCUUUAGUUCUCCCACUUACUUUGAAGUACAUGGGACAACUCCUAGUAGAGAGCUUACAUCCACAAUGUGAGAAUGUCCUGAUUUUAAUAAUUUAAGGAAACAUACACAUUCACACAGUUAACACAGAAUGUUGAAGGAUUUUCAUAUGGGUUCAUACAAGCAUGGCAUUUCAUAGUGGAGAGACUUGUGUCAGAGUAUAUACUUAUAUUAAUUGUGAAUUAACUCACAACAUGAAUGCAUGCUCUUCUGAGAAAAUGCUCAUAUAAGGGAUGUGUACAAGUAUUUGCUUGUACAUGUAAGAAUGAACAUCAGAUUAAAUCCAAACACCUAUACAAAGUUCAUAGUUGUAAGUCAUGUUUCAAAAUAUUUGAACAUUUUUUGUAGUUGGAACCUAUGCAAAUAAGUCAUAAAAACAUGAUGUGAGUUAUUUCUCCAUAAUUUAAAAUGAGAUAUCCUAAAGUAUUAGUAUAGGAAGUGUA